GUGUCGCACCGUCAGUUUCUUCCGCCGCGCCUGAAAGGCGUUCAGUGUCGAGCCGAAGAAACGCGCGCUUCUUCUACAUCGUUCGUUCGUUUUUUUUUUUAUUUUUUCGUCAACAGAGAGGUUACGCGUGUGCACUGUUCGUGUGCAGCCGGCGUAGGAGGAACCGGUGCGUGAGAGAAUGUAACCGAAUCGUCACGGGACUGUUGCCGUCAGUCAGCCGGUAAUUUCGCACACGGUGCAGCAGAGGAUUAAGAUGUGCAAGCCAGCAAGGAAGAAACGUUCUUAACGUCGAAUUGGACGAAAACCGACGUGCGUACUGCUUGACACGGACAAAUUGGCGUAGAAAAGAUGACGAAAAGAUUCGAGUUUAAUUGGCAGAUCGACGUACCGCUAGCGCUUCGUCAGGGAUGCACGUUCGACCGAUGGUCAGAGGAGAAGGACAAUACGGAACUCGAACUAAACUGUGUGUUCAAGGUCGACGAAUAUGGCUUUUUUAUCUACUGGCAGAGCGAAGGGAGGGACGGAGACGUGAUAGAGCUGUGUCAAGUGAGCGAUAUACGCGCCGGUGGUUUACCGAAGGAUCCGAAGCUGUACGACAAGCUUCUCACGAAGCACGGAGAACAAUUAGAGGAGAAAUGUUUAACCGUCUGUUCAGGCGUAGAUUAUACCAAUAUUAAUUACCAGCAUGUCGUCUGUCCGGAUCCAGCGACGGCCAAGAUAUGGCUGGAUGGCAUACGAUCGAUCACGCACAACGUGAAAGCCAACAACGUUUGCCCGCUUACGUGCUUGAAGAAACACUGGAUGCGGCUUAGAAUGCUGGUCGAUCCAAAUGGAAAAGUUCCGGUGAAAGUGGUAGCCAGGACUUUCGCAUCUGGGAAAACGGAAAAGCUCGUUUAUCAGUGCCUCGCCGAUUUAGGCCUAUCUAGCGGAAAGAACGAUGUCAUCGAGCCGGAAGACUUCACUUUCGACGCGUUCUACGCGCUCUAUCACAAAAUCUGUCCUAGGAACGACAUAGAGGAAUUGUUCCAGUCCAUCACCCAGGGCAAAGCGGACACAAUCAAUUUGGACCAGCUGGUCAUGUUUCUAAACGAGAAGCAACGCGAUCCAACUUUAAACGAGAUCUUGUAUCCGCUGUACGACGACAAGAGGGCGUUAGAGAUUAUAAACGAUUACGAACAGAACGAGACAGCGCGAAAUCAAAAAACGAUGACGAAAGAUGGUUUUAUAAGGUACCUGAUGUCCGACGAAAAUGCACCAGUUUUCCUGGACAGGCUGGACGUAUACAUGGACAUGGACCAACCGUUGGCACAUUAUUACAUUAACUCGAGUCACAACACGUAUUUGAGCGGGCGGCAAUUCGGCGGCAAAAGCAGCGUCGAGAUGUACAGACAAGUUUUGCUAGCUGGUUGCAGGUGCGUCGAAUUGGAUUGUUGGGAUGGGAAAGGAGAGGACGAAGAGCCGAUAAUUACGCACGGGAAAGCAAUGUGCACGGACAUUCUGUUCAAGGACGUGAUUUACGCGGUUAGAGACACCGCCUUUGUCACGUCGGAGUACCCGGUGAUUCUCAGUUUCGAGAAUCACUGCAGCAAGAAGCAACAGUACAAAUUGGCCAAAUAUUGCGACGAAAUUCUGGGAGAUCUGCUGCUGAAAGAACCCCUCAGAGAGUUCCCCCUGGAAGCAGGAGUAGCGCUACCACCGCCUAACAUGCUGAAACGUAAAAUCCUGAUAAAGAACAAACGCUUGAAACCCGAGGUGGAAAAGCACGAAUUGGAAUUAUUUCGACAAGGUCAGUUCGUGAUCGAGGACGAGGUGAAAGAGGACGCGAGCGCGCCUCCUUCCGUGGCAGCGGUCGUUGAGCAACAAUCGGUAAAGACGAAAUCGGUUACCUUUCAGGAAGAGGUAUCGACGGCCGAGUCAGUGGCGUCGUCGACCACUGGCAACCAACAGCAAUCUAGUUCUAGUACAGGUUUGGCCGACACUUUGGAACUAGCUGUGGUUCAGCCGUACACCGGAAGUACAACAAACGUCCAUCCAUGGUUGUCCUCUAUGGUCAACUAUGCUCAACCCAUAAAGUUCCCGGGCUUCGAUAUUGCCGAACAAAAGAAUAUUCAUCACAAUAUGUCUUCCUUCGCGGAAACCGCUGGCCUGAAUUAUUUGAAGACGCAAGCCAUCGAGUUCGUCAAUUAUAACAAGCGUCAAAUGAGCCGCAUUUAUCCGAAAGGCACUCGGGCGGAUUCAUCGAAUUACAUGCCACAGGUCUUCUGGAACGCUGGCUGCCAAAUGGUGUCGUUAAAUUUUCAAACCGCCGAUUUGCCGAUGCAACUGAAUCAAGGAAAAUUCGAGUACAACGGCUCCUCUGGCUAUCUGCUGAAGCCGGAUUUCAUGAGGCGAGCCGAUCGAAGUUUCGAUCCUUUCGCCGAAAGCCCUGUGGACGGCGUAAUCGCUACUCAAUGUAGCGUUCAGGUUAUCGCGGGUCAAUUUCUGUCCGACAAGAAAGUCGGAACGUACGUGGAAGUGGAAAUGUACGGUCUACCCACAGACACGAUUCGCAAAGAAUUCCGGACGAGAGUAGUUCCAGCGAACGGCCUGAACCCAGUGUACAAUGAAGAACCCUUCCUCUUUCGAAAAGUCGUCCUACCCGAUUUGGCGGCACUGCGAUUCGCUGUUUACGACGAGUCGAACGGCAAGCUGCUGGGCCAAAGAAUCGUCCCGUUGGACGGUCUACAAUCGGGAUAUCGACACAUAUCUCUGAGAACCGAGGCAAAUUUCCCCAUGUCGUUGCCUAUGCUGUUCUGUAACAUCGAGAUCAAGAUUUACGUACCGGAUGGCUACGAAGGACUCAUGGACGCGCUCACGGCGCCACGGGCCUACAAAAAAGCGGAAAACGCGUCGCAAAAUAAAAUGCGUGGUCUUGGCAUAGAGGAAAGCGACAGUAAAGGCCAUUGCGAUUCCGCGCCAGCUCAUCGCGAAGUUCCGAAACCUCGAGAGGAAAUGAAAUUCAACCCCAUAACGGUGGACUCUUUGCGGCAGGAGAAGGGAUACCAAAAGGUACUGAGGAAACAGCAAAAGGAAUUGGAAUCUCUGAAGAAGAGGCAUCAGAAAGAGAAAUUUACCGUCCAGAAACAACACUGUGCCGCGAUAGAGAAGAUCAUCAAGGGAAAAAACAAAGCGGAACUUUCGAGAGACCCGGUGGUUCGUCGAGAAGUCUCCGAGCAAACCGUUCAAUGGUCUCGAUUAGCGGAUAGGCAACGACGCGAGGAACGCGACCUGGUACGUUCUCAUUUGGAGGAACGACGGAACACCUUGCGAAAAUUAUGCGUGUCUGCCCAAGUGGCCCAGCAGAAGCAGCUCACGGCACGGCACGAGCGCGAGAUCAAAGAAAUGAACGCGAGACAGGCCAGACUCUCGGUGGAGAGUAUGAGAGAAGUGAUGAACGAUAAAACGUUGAAGACGCGGGGAAUCAAGGAGGGUCGACUUCGGGAGAAGCAGCAGAACAAUACGAAAAAAUUCAUGGAGGAGAGGAAGAUCGCACAAAUGAUACAAAACAGGGAAAAGGAGAAGCUAAAAGUAAUUCACGAAAAGCAACUGGAGGAAUUGCAGAAAGAUAUGAAUGCGGUUAUGGAUAUGUACAACAACGAGGAAAUGGAAUACGAGUUGGGCCCUAAAACCGAAUGCUACGUGUGAUGGCCGACAGGUCGAGUGCAAAGUUUUUCGAGAAACUGAGGUGCUGCUGCAUUCAGAGAAUCCGCUCCUAUCGUUAAUUACAACUGGAAUUGGGAUCAAGCCUCGUUAGCUAUCGUUCUCGGUAUCGUGAGAACCGGAAGCAACAGACAAACCGCGUUAAUCGUACUCUAGUUCAUUCUCCUGAAUAUUUUUUUAUAAAAGAAGCAUCUUGUAACUUCAUACCCUCCGUCGUCGCACGAGCAAGUACCUAGACUAAAUAAGGGAGUCAAUAAAAAACUA